AAUUUCCAUAAAUUGCAAUUAAAUAUUUUUGAAGAAAAAAUAAAUAAAUGAUAUAAUAGAAAUAUUUUUUUAAGAAUAUAGAAGAAUUUUAAAACUCUUCACUUUAAAUGCAUUAGGUUUUCCAUAUUCAUUUUGAGGGUUAAAAUGAAAUUGAUGAUGAAGGUGCAUUAUAAUUAGGUUUUGGUUUAGCAAAGUUCACUAACAUCUCAAAUUUGACACUUGAUCUUGGUUAAAAUGAAAUUAGUGAUGAAGGUGUAUUAGGGUUAAGCUCUGGCUUAGAAAAGUGUACUAAUCUCUCAAAUUUAACGCUUGAACUUCAUGAAAAUUAAAUUGGUGAUGAAGGCGUAUCCGGCUUAAGUAAUAGUUUAGGAAAGUGCGCUAAUAUGAUAAAUUUGACACUUGAUCUUCAUACGAAUUUAAUUGGUAAUGAGGGUGCAUCAUGCUUAGGUUUUGGUUUAGGAAAGUGCACUAAUCUCUCAAAUUUGAUACUUCUUCUUCAUGGAAAUUAAAUUAGUGAUGAAGGUACAUCAGGCUUAGGUUCUGGUUUAAGAAAGUACACUAAUCUUUCAAAUUUGACGCUUGAUCUAGGAUGUAAUGAAAUUGGUGCAAUUGGUGCAUCAGAUUUAGGCUCUGGUUUAGGAAAGUGCACUAAUCUCUCAAAUUUGACACUUAAACUUCAUGAAAAUUUUAUUGGUGAUGAAGGUACAUCAGGCUUAGGUUCUGGUUUAGGAAAGUCCAAUAAUCUUUCAAAUUUAGCACUUCACCUUAGUUAUAAUUAAAUUGGUACAGUUGGUUUAUCAGGCUUGAUUUCUGGUUUAGGAAAGUGCACUAAUCUCUCAAAUUUGAUACUCCAUCUUUUUAAAAAUUAAAUUGAUGAUGAAGGUGCAUCAAGCUUAAGUUCUGGUAUAAGAAAAUGCACUAAUCUCUCACAUUUGACUCUUGAUCUUAGUGAAAAUUAAAUUAGUGAAAUUGGUGCUUCAGAUUUAGGUUCUGAUUUAGGAAAGUGUGCUAAUCUCUCAAAUUUGAAACUUUAUCUGAAUGAUAAUUAAAUUGGUUCAGUUGGGGUAUCAGGCUUAUGUUUUGGUUUAGGAAAUCUCACUAAUCUCUCAGAUUUGACAUUUAAUUUUUUUGAAAAUUAAAUUGGCUCAACAGGUGCAUCAAGCUUAGGUUCUGGUUUAGGAAAGCUCACUAAUCUCUCAAAUUUGACACUUGAUCUUCGUUCUAAUUAAAUUGAUGAUGAAGGUCUGCCAGGCUUAGGUUCUGGCUUAGGAAAAUGUACUAAUCUUUUAAAUUUGACAAUUGAACUUUGCCAAAAUGAAAUUGGUGAUCAAGGUACGUCAGGCUUUGUUUCUGGCUUAGGAAAGUGCACUAAUCUCUUAAAUUUAACACUUCAUUUAAGUGAAAAUUAAAUUGGUGAUUUAGGUGCAUUAGGCUUAAGUUCUGGUUUAGAAGAGUGCGCUAAUCUCUCAAAUUUGACACUUUAACUUUGUGAUAAUUAAAUUGGAUCUACUGGGGCAUCAGGUUUAGUUUCAGGUUUAGAAAAGCUCACUAAACUCUCAAAUUUGACACUUUCUCUUCGGGGAAAUUAAAUUGGUGAUGAGGGUACAUUAGGCUUAGUUUCUGGUUUAGGAAAGUGCACUAAUCUCUCAAAUUUGAUACUAGAUCUUCAGUAAAAACAGUUUAUUUGUUUUAUUUAGAUUGUGAUAUUUUUUAAUACAAAAUGAAUUUAAAACAAUAUUAUUCACUUUUUAAAUUUUAUUUAUUUAUUACCUUAUUUUUUGAUUUUUUUUUUGUGCUUUUAUUUUUUCUUUCUUUCAUUCUUUGUUUGUUAAUUUAACACAUUUUUUAUUUUAAAUUUUGCUUUUAUUAUUAUUAAUUCAAUUCUUAAUAUUUUAUUUCUUUUCUUCAAAUUUUCCUUCAAACUAACUAAUUAACUAUCUAUUUUUAAAAUUCAAAAGUGAUACUAAAAUUGGUUCAAUCGGGGCAUCAGAUUUAGGUUUUGGUUUAGGAAAACUCACUAAUCUCUAAAGUUUGAUACUUCAUCUUAGGUAAAUAUAUCUUAUUUGUUUUGGAUUCUGAUAAUAAUUAACAGAAUUAUGAAUUUAAAAUAUUUACAAACUAAUUCUUUUAAUAUAAAUAUUAUUUAUUAACUUUUUAUCUAAUUUAUUUUUUCUUGCUUGUGUUUUUUUAGUUUCUUUCUAUUUUUGUUUGUAAAUUUAACUCAUUUUUUCAUUUUCUACUUUUUUUAUUAUUAAUUCUUCUUCGUUUUUUCAUUCUAACUAACUAAUUAAUGACUAUAUUUUUUUUCUUCAAAAUUUAAAAAGUGGAAAUUAAAUUGGUGAUGAAGGUGCAUCAUGCUUAGGUUCUGGUUUAGGAAAGCUCAGUAAUCUCUCAAAUUUGACGCUUGAUUUAGCGUAAAAACAGUUUAUUUGUUUUGUAUUGUGACCAUUUUUAAUAUAAAAAUGAAUUUAAAAAGCACGAUCAUAAAAAAUAGAAAAAUAAAUCAAAUAAAAAGCUAAUAAACAAAUUAAAAUAAUUUGUUAUAUUGUGUUUUUUUUAUUUUCUUUUUUUCUUAGUAAUUUAAUUCCUUUUUUUAUUUUCAUGUAUUGCUGUUAUUAUUAAUAAAUUAAUUUCUUACUAUCUCUCAUUUUUUCUUUCUAACUAACUAAUUAAUAACCUUUUAAUUUUUUUCUAUUUUUAAAAAGUUGGAAUUCAAUUAAUGAUGAAGGUGCAUAAGCCUUAGGUUUUAAUUUAGUAAAGUUCACUAAUCUCUCAAUUUUGAUACUUGAUCUAGAGUAAAAAAUAUUUAAUUGUUUUGGGUUGUGAUAUUUUUUAAAUAUAAAAAUAAAUUUAAAACAAAACAACUAAGUCUGUCUUUGAAUUUAUUUAUUUAUUAUUUUCUUUUAAAUUUUCCUGCUAGCAUAUUUUUUAUUUAUUGAUUUAAAAUAUU